AUGCGAAUCAAGCUCUCCUCUACACCCUGGGUCGUGCCCACAACCGUAGACCGGCGAUUGGGUGAUGGCCCAGAGACGAUCAUACCCAAGCUGCAGCGCCUCAACCAGGCCUCUGCGGGCGCUGGACCCUCGCCACCGACCUCCCCCUUCGCCGGCGUCUCGCCCUCGCGCAGCCCCUACGGCGGCCCCCUGUCCCCGCUGGCCAGCACCCCCAGCGCCUCCACCCAGCGUAGUACCAGCUCGGCCUCGGCCGGCCUCGACAUGUACGUGGUCCUGCGCCCGCCCUCGCGCGACGCCGACCGGUUCGACAUGCCCGUGCACAUCGUGGAGGACCCGUCAGUGCUGCCCAUCCAGCCACCGGCCCCCGUGCGGGAGGAGGUCGUCACCAGGCCCAGCACGUCGGCUCCCUUCACCUCCAGCUCCAGCACACCCUUCGCGCACCACCAACCUGAGCACACACGAUCAAUCAUGGCCACGCCGGGCAAGCAGAUCUUCAAAUCGCCCGACGCGUCAUUUGCCCACGGUGGCAAGUCCGCCUCCCACAUUCACGCUCCCACCCCUGCCCCUUCCUCCUCCGCCUCCUCCUUCCGCUCGCCUCCGCAGCAGCCCGGCUUCCUCUCCCCUCAACAGCAGCUCGGCUUCCUGUCGCCCCAGCAGCAGUCCGGCUUCCUCCACCCGUAUCAGCAGCCGCAGCCGCAGCCGCAGCCGUCCAUCCUGCUGUCGCCCACGCGGCUCUCCUCCGCAUUCCCGCAGCCGCCGCCCUCGACGACCCGCAAGCGCGUCACCUUCUCCGCGUCGGUCGAGGACACGCCAUCGCGCGGUCCCAUGAACAAGCCCGCGCCCAUCCAGCAGAGCUUCUUGAGCCCGUCCGCCGGCCCGUCCGACUACCGAUACGGUUCGCCUUACUAG